CGCUUUCCACGGCUGAGCUCAGCGCGUCCCGGGGCCGCCUCGCGCCAUGCGCCCCCAGGGCCGGGUCGCCGCCUCCCGGCAGCGGCUUUUCGGCCUCAUGCUGCUGCUGCUGCUGCUGCUGCAGCUGCCGGCGCUGUCGAGCGGCUCCGAGACCCCCAAGGGGAAGCAAAAGUCGCUGCUCCGGCAGAGGGAGGUGGUGGACCUGUACAAUGGAAUGUGCUUACAAGGGCCUGCAGGGGUGCCUGGGCGAGACGGGAACCCUGGGGCCAAUGGUAUUCCUGGUACCCCUGGGAUCCCAGGUCGGGAUGGAUUCAAAGGAGAAAAGGGAGAAUGCCUGAGGGAAAGUUUUGAGGAGUCCUGGACACCCAACUACAAGCAGUGUUCAUGGAGUUCACUGAAUUAUGGCAUAGAUCUUGGGAAAAUUGCGGAGUGUACAUUUACAAAGAUGCGUUCCAAUAGUGCUCUAAGAGUUUUAUUUAGUGGCUCACUUCGGCUAAAAUGCAGAAAUGCAUGCUGUCAGCGGUGGUAUUUCACGUUCAACGGAGCUGAAUGUUCAGGGCCUCUUCCAAUUGAAGCCAUAAUUUAUUUGGAUCAAGGAAGCCCAGAACUGAAUUCAACAAUUAACAUUCAUCGUACUUCGUCCGUGGAAGGACUCUGUGAAGGAAUUGGUGCUGGAUUAGUGGAUGUUGCUAUUUGGGUUGGUACUUGUUCAGAUUACCCAAAAGGAGAUGCUUCUACUGGAUGGAAUUCAGUAUCUCGCAUAAUUAUUGAAGAACUGCCAAAAUAAAUUCUUUAAUUUUCAUUCCCUACCUCUUUUUGAUUAUACCUUUGUUCAUUUAAAUGGCAUUUAAUAUAAUUUUUAUAUAUGCCUUUGAAUGAAAAACAAAGUUAAACAUGUUUACAGACCAAAGUGUGAUCUCACACUGCUUUUAAAUAUAGUAUUACUCAUUUUACUUCAAUCAAAAAUCAUUUCAGGAUUUUGUAGAUUAGAACUACAUAUGUCUACUCCCUGAACCUAUAAUUUGAAUAUCUUUGUGGUCUUUAGUUUUU